GCCGCUUUGUGUGUGUCCUGGAUUUGGGAAGGAGCUCGCGGCGGCGGCGCUGAGGGAGGAGGCGGCGGCGAGCGGAGCCCAGAGGAGGAGGAGGAGCCGGAGGAGGGGGAACCGCUCAUUCAUUUCCACUCCGCAUUUCUGCCCCUCGCCGGCCUCGCCCGCGCCCGGGACUUCGGACCAGUCUCGCCAACUGCGUCGCGCUCUCCCGCCGCGUAGGCUCCGGUGGUCGUUCCCUCCAGGGAUCGGGUGGCGUUUGCCCUCGCCUGCGGCGAUUUGAGCUUUGCUCCUCUUUCUGUACAGUUUUCCUCCUUCUUCUGCAUCUCUGCGUUUGCAAAUGGAGGCCGACGACGCCGACAGCCCGCCCCGGCGCGCCCCGGCUUCCCGACUCCGCCGCCCCGUGGGCCGCUGCUGCCGGCGCUGAGGGGCCGCCCCGUGCCACCCUCCUUGUCCACGCCGCUUUCCGAGGAUCGUCGCCUGCGCUCUUGUUUUUGGACGAGAGCGAAGACUGAGUUGGAGACUUUUUUUUCUUUUUUUCCUUUUCUUUUUUUUUUUUUUCUUUUCUAUUUUUGAGAAAAGGGAAUUUCGUCCCAAAUAAAAGGAAUGAAGUCUGGCUCCGGAGGAGGGUCCCCGACCUCGCUGUGGGGGCUCGUGUUUCUCUCCGCCGCGCUCUCUCUCUGGCCGACGAGUGGAGAAAUCUGUGGGCCCGGCAUUGACAUUCGCAACGACUAUCAGCAGCUGAAGCGCCUGGAAAACUGCACGGUGAUCGAGGGCUUCCUCCACAUCCUGCUCAUCUCCAAGGCCGAGGACUACCGAAGCUACCGCUUCCCCAAGCUCACCGUCAUCACUGAGUACUUGCUGCUCUUCCGAGUGGCUGGCCUUGAGAGCCUGGGAGACCUCUUCCCCAACCUCACAGUCAUCCGGGGCUGGAAACUCUUCUACAACUACGCCUUGGUCAUCUUCGAGAUGACCAAUCUCAAGGAUAUUGGGCUUUAUAAUCUGAGGAACAUUACCCGGGGGGCCAUCAGGAUUGAGAAGAACGCCGACCUCUGUUACCUCUCCACCAUAGACUGGUCUCUCAUCUUGGAUGCGGUGUCCAAUAACUACAUUGUGGGGAACAAGCCCCCAAAGGAAUGUGGGGACCUGUGUCCAGGGACAUUGGAGGAGAAGCCCAUGUGUGAGAAGACCACCAUCAACAAUGAGUACAACUACCGCUGCUGGACCACAAAUCGUUGCCAGAAAAUGUGCCCAAGUGUGUGCGGGAAGCGAGCCUGCACCGAGAACAACGAGUGCUGCCACCCGGAGUGCCUGGGCAGCUGCCACACACCGGAUGACAACACAACCUGCGUGGCCUGCAGACACUACUACUACAAAGGCGUGUGUGUGCCCGCCUGCCCGCCUGGCACCUACAGGUUCGAGGGCUGGCGCUGUGUGGACCGCGAUUUCUGCGCCAACAUCCCCAACGCUGAGAGCAGUGACUCGGAUGGCUUCGUUAUCCACGACGAUGAGUGCAUGCAGGAGUGUCCCUCAGGCUUCAUCCGCAACAGCACCCAGAGCAUGUACUGUAUCCCCUGUGAAGGCCCCUGCCCCAAAGUCUGCGGCGAUGAAGAGAAGAAAACGAAAACCAUCGAUUCGGUGACUUCUGCUCAAAUGCUCCAAGGAUGCACCAUCUUGAAGGGCAAUCUGCUUAUUAACAUCCGGCGAGGCAAUAACAUUGCCUCGGAGCUGGAGAACUUCAUGGGGCUCAUCGAGGUGGUGACCGGCUACGUGAAGAUCCGCCAUUCUCAUGCCUUGGUCUCCUUGUCCUUCCUGAAGAACCUCCGUCUCAUCUUAGGAGAGGAGCAGCUGGAAGGGAACUACUCCUUCUAUGUCCUGGACAACCAGAACUUGCAGCAGCUGUGGGACUGGAACCACCGGAACCUGACCGUCAGGUCGGGGAAGAUGUACUUUGCUUUCAAUCCCAAGCUGUGUGUCUCUGAAAUUUACCGCAUGGAGGAAGUGACCGGAACCAAGGGACGCCAGAGCAAAGGGGACAUAAAUACCAGGAACAACGGAGAGCGAGCUUCCUGUGAAAGUGAUGUUCUCCGUUUCACCUCUACCACGACCUGGAAGAACCGAAUCAUCAUUACGUGGCACCGGUACCGGCCGCCGGACUACCGGGAUCUCAUCAGCUUCACAGUUUACUACAAGGAGGCACCCUUUAAAAACGUUACGGAAUAUGACGGGCAGGAUGCCUGUGGCUCCAACAGCUGGAACAUGGUGGAUGUAGACCUGCCUCCGAACAAGGAGGGCGAGCCUGGCAUUUUACUGCAUGGGCUGAAGCCCUGGACCCAGUAUGCUGUCUAUGUCAAGGCUGUGACCCUCACCAUGGUGGAAAACGACCACAUCCGUGGGGCCAAAAGUGAAAUCUUGUACAUUCGCACCAAUGCUUCAGUCCCUUCCAUUCCCCUAGAUGUCCUCUCGGCAUCAAACUCUUCCUCUCAGCUGAUUGUGAAGUGGAAUCCCCCAACUCUGCCCAAUGGUAACUUGAGUUACUACAUUGUGAGGUGGCAGCGGCAGCCCCAGGAUGGUUACCUGUACCGGCACAACUACUGCUCUAAAGACAAAAUACCCAUCAGAAAGUACGCCGAUGGUACCAUCGACGUGGAGGAGGUGACGGAAAAUCCCAAGACAGAAGUGUGUGGUGGUGAUAAAGGGCCAUGCUGCGCUUGCCCUAAAACUGAAGCUGAGAAGCAGGCUGAGAAGGAGGAGGCCGAGUACCGUAAAGUCUUUGAGAAUUUCCUUCACAAUUCCAUCUUUGUGCCCAGGCCCGAAAGGAGGCGGAGAGACGUCAUGCAAGUGGCCAACACGACCAUGUCCAGCCGAAGCAGGAACACCACAGUAGCUGACACCUACAAUAUCACAGACCCGGAGGAGUUCGAGACAGAGUACCCUUUCUUUGAGAGCAGAGUGGAUAACAAGGAGAGGACUGUCAUCUCCAACCUCCGGCCUUUCACUCUGUACCGAAUCGAUAUCCACAGCUGCAACCACGAGGCUGAGAAGCUGGGCUGCAGUGCCUCCAACUUCGUCUUUGCAAGAACCAUGCCAGCAGAAGGAGCUGAUGAUAUCCCUGGCCCGGUGACCUGGGAGCCAAGACCCGAAAACUCCAUCUUUUUAAAGUGGCCAGAACCCGAGAACCCCAAUGGAUUGAUCCUAAUGUAUGAAAUUAAAUACGGGUCACAAGUUGAGGAUCAGCGGGAAUGUGUGUCCAGACAGGAGUACAGGAAGUACGGAGGGGCCAAACUUAACCGUCUAAACCCAGGGAACUAUACAGCCCGGAUUCAGGCUACCUCCCUCUCUGGGAAUGGGUCAUGGACAGAUCCUGUGUUCUUCUAUGUCCCGGCCAAAACGACGUAUGAAAACUUCAUGCAUCUGAUCAUUGCUCUGCCGGUUGCCAUCCUGCUGAUCGUUGGGGGGCUGGUUAUCAUGCUGUAUGUCUUCCAUAGAAAGAGAAAUAACAGCAGGUUGGGCAAUGGAGUGCUGUAUGCUUCUGUGAACCCCGAGUAUUUCAGCGCAGCUGAUGUGUACGUGCCUGAUGAAUGGGAGGUAGCUCGAGAGAAGAUCACCAUGAACCGGGAGCUCGGACAAGGGUCCUUUGGGAUGGUCUAUGAAGGAGUGGCCAAGGGUGUGGUCAAGGAUGAACCCGAAACCAGAGUGGCCAUCAAGACGGUGAACGAGGCUGCAAGUAUGCGUGAAAGAAUCGAGUUUCUCAACGAGGCCUCGGUGAUGAAGGAAUUCAAUUGUCACCAUGUGGUCCGGUUGCUGGGUGUGGUAUCCCAAGGCCAGCCCACCCUGGUCAUCAUGGAACUAAUGACACGUGGCGAUCUCAAAAGUUAUCUCCGGUCUCUAAGGCCAGAAGUGGAGCAGAAUAAUCUAGUCCUCAUUCCUCCGAGCUUAAGCAAGAUGAUCCAGAUGGCUGGAGAGAUCGCAGAUGGCAUGGCCUACCUCAAUGCCAACAAGUUCGUCCACAGAGACCUUGCUGCUAGGAACUGCAUGGUAGCCGAAGAUUUCACGGUCAAAAUUGGAGAUUUUGGUAUGACACGAGACAUCUACGAGACGGACUACUACCGGAAAGGUGGGAAAGGGUUGCUGCCUGUGCGCUGGAUGUCUCCCGAGUCCCUCAAGGAUGGCGUCUUCACUACUCAUUCUGAUGUCUGGUCCUUCGGGGUCGUCCUCUGGGAGAUCGCCACGCUGGCUGAGCAGCCCUACCAGGGCUUGUCCAACGAGCAAGUUCUUCGUUUCGUCAUGGAGGGCGGCCUUCUGGACAAGCCGGACAACUGCCCCGAUAUGCUGUUUGAACUUAUGCGCAUGUGCUGGCAGUAUAACCCCAAGAUGCGGCCCUCCUUCCUGGAGAUCAUCGGCAGCAUCAAGGAUGAAAUGGAGCCCAGCUUCCAGGAGGUCUCCUUCUACUACAGCGAGGAGAACAAGCCUCCCGAGCCGGAAGAGCUGGAGAUGGAGCUGGAGAUGGAGCCCGAGAACAUGGAGAGCGUCCCACUGGACCCCUCAGCCUCCUCAGCCUCCCUGCCUCUGCCUGAAAGACACUCAGGACACAAGGCUGAGAAUGGCCCGGGCCCUGGUGUGCUGGUUCUUCGUGCCAGUUUUGAUGAGAGACAGCCUUACGCUCACAUGAACGGGGGACGUGCCAACGAGAGGGCCUUGCCUCUGCCCCAGUCCUCGACCUGCUGAUCCUCGGACAGAACCGAAGCACGCGCCAACAGUAACGUGUGUGCGUCCACUCGGUGGGCGGGGGGCGGGGAGGGGAGAGCAGGUUGUAACAAUCUAUUCACAAGCCUCCUGUACCUCAGUGGAUCUUCAGACCUGCCAUUGCUGCCCACGGGAGACGGCUUCUCUGCAGUAAACACAUUUGGGACCUUCCUUUUUUCAAUAUGCAAGCAGCUUUUUAUUUCCCUUACCCGAACCCUUAACUGACAUGGGCCUCUGCAAACCUUAAUGACAACACUUAAUAGCAACAGGACACUCGAGAAUUGAGUCUCUUCGUUCUCUGCCUUUUUCUCUCCUCUGCCUUCCCUCUCUGUCCUCUCCCUUUCCACUUCCACGCUCUCCUUUCUCUCUCUUUUCUGCUUUACAGUGGAAAAAUGUUUGUGAACGCCCAUCUGGGAAGCCUUCUUUUUUAAAAAAAUAUCAGAUUGACUUAAUGGCUGCCCCUGGGGCUCCUCAUCACCCCGCAUACACCUGCCUGACACCGUAGGUCUUUACAAAAAAAAAAGAAAAAAGAAAAAGAAAAAAAUUCACACACUGAGAUGGAAUUUUUUUAACCUUUUUUAGGGUCACCCCAAAAUUUAAAAGGGCCAUUGUUCAUCCGUGGCUAUCAUUUUCACGCUGCCAUUUUUGCCAAAAUCCUGUUUUCAGUUUGGUUUUUCUCACAUGCAUAUACUCCCUGCACUGAUUUCCCUUUGUCCAGAGGCAUGGGAUGAACCAUGGUGUCUGGUUGAUAAUAACAUUUGAGAGACAUGUGCUGAGGCCCCCACUGUGCCCGGCUCUCCCAGCCCACAUCUCCUGGGUCUCAUUGCAUGGUUACCGUUUGGGAGAACUGGACAAGAUGGAACUCGCCCUCCUUGAAGAAGGGGAAAGCAGAACUGGUUCUCCACCCCUCCCCCACCCACAGCACCCCAAGAAUUCUGGAGGAAGUGGCCAUGGGCAAGCUUGAAGGUCAGGUUGUGGGUCAAGGUGGUCCUCAUACCAGCCUCGUCUCCCUCCCCGACCUCCCUCCUGCCCCUCCCCUGAGGGCCACACACGAGAAAGGGUUCCAGGGACUUGGCCUGGCUGUUGGUUACGGAUGUGCGAGGAAGGGAUUCAGAGCCACAGCAGCCUGGAGCCGCCCAGGCAGCGGAUCCAAGCGGUGUGAGCUUUCACAUGGUCUGUUACUAGGACUUCUUCAUGGGUCUCUCAGUUCUAUGUUAGACCGUGAAACAUUUGCAUACACAUCGUCUUUAAUGUCAGUUUUAUAACUUUUUUACAGUUCAGAUAUUCAUCUAUACGUCUGUACAGGAAAAGAAAAGCUGCUAUUUUUUUUUGUUCUUUAUCUUUGUGGAUUUAAUCUAUGAAACUUUCAGGUCUACCCCUUCUUCCUUUCUGCUCACUCCAAGAAACUUCCUCUGCUUAUCACUAGAGUGUGGUUUUUCUUCCUCUUCUCCGGCAACUGAUGCUUCUAGGACAUAACUUGCCAUGAACUGUUUGAUGCCUUUUUUAUAAAUACAUCUCCCUUCCCCUGCUCCCUGCAGCCCCAUUCAUUACCCUCUAACCCAUAGGCCCUGUGAGCACAGUCACAGGUGAGGGAGUGGGGAGGGUGGGAGUCCAGAGCCCACGGACUCCUGGGCCCUACUCUCUCCUUUCCUCGCUUCCCCCGCACACAGCAUCUGCUCCAGUGCAAGGCAUGCCACAAACUCAGGUCAGAAACAAAAAGGUUAAAAAUCCCACACAUCCUGGCUUAGUGUUUCUAGUCCCCGUUGUUGAAAGUCACACUUUGCUUUCUCUCCUAGCUUUGGUUCACACACACACACACACACACACACACACACGCACGCACGCACCAAUUUGGGAAUACAAUAGCAGUUUUAACUGCAUACAAUAGUCAUUGGAUUAUUAUUUAAAUGAAUAUUUGAUCCUUCUAUCACACACACACACACAAAAUAACUGCUGAGUCCCCAGGAUUCAGCAGAGCUGGCCCAGUGGCCCAUCUGCUACCUCCUUCACAAGCAGACCCACUUGUCUUUAGAACCAGCUUGUCUGAAGGGGUGGCCUCCCUGGGAGGAAGAUGUAAGACACCAACACCCCAUGGCCAGGAGCAGCAACUUUAGUGGGUGUGCUAAAGCCCACUCCCGGGUCGGAAAUCCCAAGGCGGAGUAGAGCUGACCCUACAGUGGCCCUAGAGCCCCUUGCUGUUCCUCUUUAACCAGAAUCCCGGGAGCUCUGGGCUUGGAGGCCCCCCUGGAGUGGGGUUGGGGGGAGGGGUCCUGUUUGGUUUCGAUUUAGCACUUCUUACCAGAGCAGUGACUGCACAAGAGAUGCUUCUGGGUGGGAAUAUUUAAAUUAGGAGUAGGAAAACUGUUGGAUGAUGAUGGUUGCAGCUGUGACUGGAGAUGAGAUGCAGGAAGGAAAGCUGGAGUUGUCUGGCUUGUCUGUAGGUUCAGGCUUAUGGCUCUUCCUAGCCUCUGCCCCACAGGGUUUUCCCCUUAACAAAGGGAAAAGGAGGGGGGAAGCUUAAUAAGAAGGUAUCUCGUGUAGGAGUUUUAAUUUAUUUUGUGAUACCUGUUUUAAUCACUGUAGAGAAGCCCCUGUUAUGAAUUUAAAUGCUGAGGAAAAGGUAUAUGAUCUCUGUGUAUGUGUGUAUUAGAUGGGACAGUUUUUUGGGGUUUUUUUUGGGGGGGGCUUGUUUUUCAAACAUUUAUCUACCUCACUCUUGUUUUUCAUGUGUGUGUGUGCAUAUAUAUAUAUAUCACAUAUAUAUAUAAUACAUCUCACACUUCUCAGUACCUGACAGUAGGCCAAUGAUACUGGUAACCUCAGCCACUCCACAGGCCACAUACCCAGGUGAAGCAGAGAGGGGCCAGGCUGGAUUCUGGGGUUAAAGCAACACUAACUCAUAUCAGCAGCCUCUUCCUGCUCUGUCUCCAAAAGCCCACUUUUCCUAGGGCAACUCUGGUCUUUCUCCUCACCUGGUCCCCUACUUUUCAACCCAGCAGUCACCAUGAGCACAGCACGCCAGUGGAGGGGGACUCACCGGCCCAUCCUCAGCUGGCUGACUUUGGAACGGAACUUUCUAUACAGAUUGACUGACAAAUUCUAUCCCUAAGAGAGCAGGUACUCCCAGGUUUUGAGGGCAGGAGGCACUCACACGUAGGUUGUCUUGAGAGUCCCAAUGUGUGCACAUGUCAGGGUGCCCUGUCAGCCCCCUCAGCUGCUCCUCUGAGACCUGCACCGAGGCAGGGGCAUACCACCAUUGCUCUCUUGGCAUUGGUUCCUCUUAGAGGUACAGCCGUCAGGGAGCUCCCCCUUCUGCUUCUGACAGAAGGCCAGUAUAAAAAAGGGGGCAAGACAAAGCCUGCGCCCCCUGCAGGCUGCUGUCCUUCCCUCCUCUUCCCUUCUCCCCCGCAACCCCCAGGGCUAAACAAGGACUGACCAAAUCUUGAGGCUGGAAGGCCAGUGGUUGGCGCCUAGCCUUCCCUGUGCUCUGCCUCUGUCCACCCAUCCGUCUGCUGCUCACAGGUGGACAGUGCAAUCCUCAACUCCAGCAGCUGCUCUUACAGGCCCUGGGGACUUCAGCUGGGGACCGAGGUGGCUAAUCUUUUCCCCCAGUAUGGAGAAACUGCCUAACAGUUCGGUUAAGCUCAGGAGCCCUUUGCCUCCUGCUGGAAUGCUGCCCUUCUCUGGGUUCCUAGAUGCUCACAGGGUCACUGGGAGAUACUGUUUGAUCAGGGUUUUCUUCUACACUGUAGGUGACACUCUGGGAUAGUGGCCUCUCCUCUCGCACAUACCUGCCGGUUUUCCACAACUGGAUUUCUACAGCUCAUUCAAUUGAUUUUAAGGGUUUUUUUUUUCCUUAUUAUUUUUGAAACUGUCCGAGUUGUUGGUGUUCUUUUGUUUUUGCGUGGGUGUUAUUUUUUUUCCUUUAAGUAGAGAGACGGCACCAACAGCAUAGUGGCCGUCAUAAACUAACGCUCCGGAAACACUUCAAUAAAAAGAAAAGGUCGGCUUGUCCGAGGGCGCAGUCGUUCUGCUGGACUGACGCACCCCGACUAUUGCAAGGCAUCAUACCCACAGUUCUAACCUGAUCUCAUGCUGAUGUUCCCCGCCUCUUCCUGAUUUCUCUCUUUACAAGCUUCAAGUACUCCUACCAAGCUGAGUCGUGGCCUUUUUCACGUGCCCCACCCCCCACCCCCAACCCCCUUCUGAUAGGAGCUCACACUGCUUGAAGUCACAUGAACCACUGAGGCACAGCAUGCAGGUGACGUGAACAUCCAGGUGUGCCCCCACACAGCCCUUCCUGAGGCGUGGAGAUAGAGCUGAACCUGAGCUGGGUGAGGCCCACGCUUCCCCAUCUCCUUUCAGGAAUGUCCUAACGUUGGAUUCAGAGAUGGGAUGAGGCUCCCUCCUUGAGAUAUAAAAGACUGUUCAAGGUUGCUCUUUUUCCUACCUGCCUGUUUCUUAUGACUCAGGACAGUUCAACGGUAGGAAAAGCAGCUUCAUAAACUAGAAAAGUGAUCACGGUGAGACGAGCAGAUGGCGGAGUGGUAUACAGGAGUGUUUUUAGGGUGGGCUGACAGAUGGAUGAGCUCUGUAUGAUGCCAAGUCCUAAGCCAGCCUGAGCUCCUGGAGCCUCGGCCUUAGCAGCCCACCUCUUUUGGCAGUGGCUGUGCCUUGAGGUAAGCAAGCAGUGGUGGCAAGGUCACACUGAGCUCAUGUGGGUGAGGAGUCUAGGAUGCUUACCCAAGGUCCUCUCUUAUCGUCGUUGGGUCCUCUGAGAGUGGCCACAGAGUGCUGAAGGCACACUGGCAUCCAGGAGGAGACUGGACCACUCCAUCAAAAUGCUUUGGCCCAUUUUAGCAGUAAUGAAUUUACGGUUUGGGAUUUUUUUUUCCUUUGGUUUUUUGUUUUUCAUGUUACUUUUAUGUCUGUCUGAUGUCUUUUGAUUUCCUGGGCUAAGCAGCUGCAUUUGGGAGACCUGGACCAGAGAGAUCCACCCCUUAAGAACCAGUGAUGAUGGUCAAACUUUUAUCAGUCCGCUUUGAACUAGGUGGUGGUACAAAUGAGAACUUCAAGACAGGAUGUCUAUGUAAAAUUGAACCUCUCUUGCCAGAGAUGCUGAAGAUACAGACCUUGGACAGGCCAGGGGUCUUUGCUUUGGGCUUCCAGCUUGGAUGACCAGUUGGUGAUUUAGAGAAACGAACAUUCCUUGAUGGGAUGACAGAGUGACGGUGCAGUAGGCAGCCUUGGUAACCGGCAUCGUGACAUGAUGGGAAUUGCUGACAGAGGGUUAAAGGGCCUGGAAGAAGCAUGGACCAUAUUUGGACUUGAUGGUGUCUGAAGGUGUCAGAGCACGUGGAGGCUGGGGAGUCAACUGUGGGCAUUUGGUUUCAGAUAAGAAACUUGGCAUCCUGCUCUGGAAACUUCUCCUUAGAGCUAAGCCACGUGCUGAAGGACUCAGACUCCAUCACACUCAUCAGAUGAGUUGUCGGUCUGGGGCAUGACGUUAGGGAUUGAUUUGAUUUUGGUUUCUGUGAGAACUUCGUAAUCACUGAUUUUUGUGUCCACGUUUGUGUCUGCAUCUUCCCAGUAAACCGUUCUUUAAAUUACUCAUUAUCCUUUCAAUAGGGCUUCUCAGUCCAUUAGAUUACGGGUAGUCGUUGACGAAGCUCUGGUUUACAAGAACUAAUUCAAUGUUUCAUUGCAUUUUUGUAAGAACAUAGAAUAAUUUUAUAAAAUGUUUGUAGUUUAUAAUUGCCGAAAAUAAUUUAAAAACACUUUUUUUUCUCUCUGUGUGUGCAAAAAUAUGUGUUUGUGGUCUUUCCCCCCCCCCCUUUGUUUCCUUUUUCUUUUUUGACACUUGUUUACUAGCUAGCUUUACAAUAUGCCAAAAAUAAAAAAUAAAAACUUAAAAAAAAUUAAUUAAAAAGAAAUUCUCCCCAGGACCCAAAUUGUGGUUCACCCUCUUUCCCACAUGCUUUCUGCUCUAGUUUGUAAAAAAAUAAAAUAAAAUAAAAAAAAAUAAAAAUUAAAAAAUUAAAAAGAUAAAAAUAAAAACAAAACAAACAACAACAACAACAAAAACAAAAGGAAUGCCAGUGGUUUAAAAAGUACUUCUGUAUUCUUCAGUAUCUUGAUCUUGGAACCCUUUGCUGGGGAAAGGAAUUCUCUGGUACUCACUGUUCCCUGUGGAGUGUAGCAGCCUAAACAGAUGGAAAGCACUGCUGGCCAUGGGAAUAGCAGUGUGUGGCCACCCAGCAAAGAGAUGGCACUCCAUGGUGACAUCUGGCUGAUGUGGCUGGUCCUAGCUCUGCAACACUAUGGAGAUGGGAGGGUUUCAGGACACUGGAAUGGCUUCACAGUGAUCACAUGACUCUGAUGUGCAGCCCGUUGGCACAUGUGCCUCAGAUCCUAAAGAACGCUGUGCCUACCUGUAUCUAAUGGCGAACGCCGAAGGUCCAUUGUUUUCUAAUACAGAACAAACUGGUAACAAAAACCACAAUGUGUGUCCCCCUCGCCCCCAUUUUUCGAAUUAAGAUCCAUGUCCUUUGGCUCCCCAUGCAUUAUCGGCCAUGUCUCUCUGGUUCCACAAGAUACCGUUGUUGAAAACAUAUGGAACUUUCUAACACUGCAGGAAAAAGGUCUGGGAACCAUUUGUGGGUUUGGUUUGGUCUUUCAGUUUCUUGUGGGUGUUGGGCAGUGUGCAGACACAUGUACAGGUGGAGUAGGUGCCUGCCUGGUGACAACCCCUGUCUGCUUCCUAUGCCAGUGAGGUUGAAGUAAGUUUUGCCAGAGUUCAUCUACCUCUGGGAUUUAAAAACAAACAAAGUCAAAAGGCUCGAUGGAGCGGACACAUCGCCAAUAAUGCAUUUCUGAGUUUUCUUGUUAAAUUUUUUCUUAAAAAAGAAAAAAAAAGUCUAAAAAAGAUAAUAAUAUGGCCAAUUUGUUACAUAAAAUAACUUUCUGUGUAUAAAUUAUUCCUAAAAAAAAAAACCCUCUGUUUAUAUUAUAAAAGAAAAUCAGUAGAUGAAAAAAAAUUCAAUGUUUUUGUAUAUUCUGUUGUAAGAAUUUAUUCCUGUUACUGCGACAUACUCGGAUUCUUUACAUUAUGAAAAAAAGAAACUUUGUCUAUUUUGAAUGGCUGAAGCUCAGGCCACUUGAGUCUAUUACUCUGCUUUUUUCUAGUAGUAAAAGUACCACACGGAUUAAGUUAAAUAAAAGAAUUCUGUAUGCA